AUUCAGCAGUAAACAUUUCGUGUUUAUCUCCCUUUGACCGUUUGUUGUAUGUUUUCAUGCGGAUGGAGACAAACAUAUAUUGAUCGGCGCAUGGUUAUUUUUGUACUGUGUAUUUUGGUCAAAAUGGCAAAUGAAAUAGAUAGAGGACCGACAGAUUCCGACGAUUACAACUUACAUGACGAAAAUGAGCAGUUGCUUGAAACUGUGGUUCGGUACAGCAGCCUUGCAACCCGAAAGAAACCGGAAACACUCUUGCUCUUUGGAUUAUCUGGUUCGGGAAAGACCUCUAUUGUUAACACGAUCUUCAAUGAAUUGACUGGUAUACCUGAAUCAGCUUUACAGGCUGGCUCUGGUAGCACCCAGUCUAAAACACUUGACUUCAAGUGGUAUGUCAAUUGUGGGAUACUCCAGGAAAAUAUAAUCGAUUCUGACCUUCAAUCAAAAAUUGGUGCAAUCAUCGGCAAUCUUCCAAACAUCAUUGACUGCGCUGGGAAGGGCAACGUUAACGACGAACAAACCAAAGAGAUAUUGAGGCAUACGCUCACAGGUCGCAUCCCACCAGGGACAAGCAUAGCUGCUUUGGAGGAAUUGCAAAACAAAAAAGGAGUUGGUUGCUUAAAUGUGGUGCUUCCGCCAUGCAAUCCUGAAUGGGCGGUCACAAAGAUCAUAUUUGUACAAUCGGCAGCGGACUCAAUCCCAGAACAACUACUCGAUAUGUUGCAUGACGUUCUGUCAGAACACGACGAUCGUUUGCAAACGAAAUUCAAGGCAAGCCUAUUUACGGUAAUUACCAAACACGACCUGGUUAAAGAGGCAGGAAGGGAUCUAUACGGAAGUGAUCAAGAUGCCACCAUCACGGCUGAAGAUUUCCAAGACAAGAAAGACAAGCUAGCUACUGCUCUAGGGAUAAAGAACAAUGUCGGCGACAACUGCAUUCCAUGGGCAAGCUAUAGCGACACAGUCCGUAUGCCGUCUCCAAAGGUCCAAAACUCCGUCUUGAAGCUACUUCGACAAAUCCAGUGUCCAAAACCAGUGGAGCACACAGGCGUGCCUUUGCCAAGGAUAACUCUGCUUCAAUCGUGGCGACUGAAUCUAAAUGCGUUUUUUACCACUAGUUCAUGUCGAACUUACGUUCUCAUUUUUGUUAUCUGUACUCUGGUUGCAGCCUUCUUAUGGCUCAUUGCAAAAGUGCAUGAAAGCCCAAAUACAAGUUCUAUUGUAAAUCAUGCGACUGGUGAGCAAAUCAAUUCUACAGGAACGCAAUAAAACUUAAUUUUUAUUUCCAAAAGUGUGUCAAAGCCCUCAUAGGGUUAUUACUGUACAUCGUGCGACCAGUGAGCAAACCAAUUCUACAGGAAAAAAAACAAAACGUUUUAGUUUUGUCACGUGAUCGCGUCCCGGUAGUUAUCAAAAUAUACAGGUUGUCUUUCUGUUGUUUUUUCACGAUUGCUUCGACGUUCUUAUUUUAUUUCAUAACUGCCUUGGUUACUAAACUUUGAUAUUUUGAAACAAAAUAGUGACCAUUUUUUAAAUAGGAGGUUAUCUUAAACUUCGAUAUCAUCGGAACAAAUGGUUGUUUUAGUUUUUGUCUCCCGGUCCUUAACCCCGUACUUAAAAAAAGGUUUAUGUUAUGAGUUUGCAAAUGAUUUUAUCCUUGUAGUCGAUCAAAUAAAUGCCAUGAUGAUAAUAACGAACUGUGAUAGAUCGAGUAGUGUAUAUUCAUAUGCUUAAAAUGUAUCCGUAAGACUCUUUCAUUUUACUCGUUCCACAAUGUACAAAUGUACCUUCAUCAUUAGGUAAUACGUAUGCCUAUGGCGCAGGUACAAUUGUGCAAUUGUCAGUCUGUAUAAUUGAUUUCUUAAUUGUAUAGAACUGUCUUGUGUGAUUGAAUUGUAUGAAACUAUUGUGUAUGAAUGUUCUUUCGUGAUAUUUUCCUUUAAUAGCAUUAAUACCAUGAAGUCCUAAAGAUAGGUUUGAUAUUUGUAUUUAAAUUUUACUUUGCGUUGUAUAUAAAUGUCAUUUAUCGUAUUAAUUUUUAAAUAAAAUGUAUGCCGAGAUGUUUUA